UAUGAACAAAGCAAUUUUCCUCUGGAAUUAGUGUUUUCUCUUACCUUUUCUACUGUUUUCCCAAUAACCUCUCUUGUGUGUUGGGUUACGGUUCAGGAUCAGGGGUCUACUUGAUUCUCUUUCUUUCUCUUGUUGUAAAUAAGUGAAAAUUACCUGCCCCAAUGACGGGAGGAGCGGCGCGGCUGCAACCACUGCUGACGACGGCGGUGACGCCAUGCACGACAACGGAGCACCGUUUGGAAGCUAAAAGCGGAAGUACCAAUGGGAGAUGGAGCCGCAUGGGUGAGACGGCGGGUGAGUGCGCGGCGGUGUGCUGCUGCUGUCCAUGCGGAAUGGUGGACCUCCUGAUCCUCGCCGUAUAUCGCCUCCCCGCCGGACUGUGGAGGAAGAAGAAGAGAGAAAGGCUGCUCAGAAAGAAGAGCAAAUUUUUGUCGCAUGAAAAGGAGAAUCAGCGGAAAACGAAUUCCUUCAGAUUAUUCUAUAUGAAUUACGAUGUCGAGGAGGAGGAGGAGGAGGACGAGGAGAAGGAGGAGGAGGAGGAGGACGAGGAGAAGGAGGAGGAGGAGGAGGACGAGGACGAGGACGAGGACGAGGAGAAGGAGGCAGUCUGCGGUGACGAUUGCAGGCGUGAAAACGACGCCGUUGACUGGGACUAUGAGAUGUGGGACCGGUUCUACUGGACCGGGUUCUGGAGGAGCGAUUCUCAAAAGGGUGGUGAUCAAUGAUGAAUCAGAUAUUUUUUCCACUGUACAUAGAGAUUUUCUACUUCCGAUUUAGGGUUUUAGAAUUGAUUUCUUGAAAUCUUUUCUCACUUUUUCCUAUUUUUAAGCCUAAAAUCAAUCAAAUUCAACUGUUCUGCUCU